AUGAUUUCCUUUUCGAGUCUCGAUGACAUGAGAACUAUUCGAAUGAAGGUUGAUGAGAAAGCUCAUGAUCUCUUCAAAGAAAAGCCCGGGCAGGCCCCAUUGACAGUCACGAGAAUCCUCAAUUCCCAGGAGGCAAAUGCGAAACCAUUUGAGAAGGACAGAAAAGUCUUGAAUCUUUCCGAUAUUAAGAGGCUCCGAAAUGAAAGUAAAGAUGUGUCCCAAAUCUUCACAAUUAACCAAGACCGAUCCUGGACAACCUUGAACACUUCUCGUGAAAUAUUCGAAAGCUUUAUGUCGACGUACGAGAUAAUGCCUCCAUUCUGGAGAUACAUGUUCACGUUCGGACGUAAAUCGGAAGAGAACGAGUUUGAGUUUCCCAGGUUUGGCCAGCGACAGAGCAGAAAUCCAAAGUCGAAUAGCAUCAUUCAAGGUCGGUUCAAUUUCUUUUCCUACAUGCUCCGUCGGGUAGAACUAAAAAAUCGGGAGGUUGCGGAGGGAGACUCUCCGUGGUCAAUCCGCCAGACAGGAGUCUAUUAUAGACUUGAACCCAAGACUAAUGUCUGCGAGACCCUUCAACAAGAGCAGAACAAAACCAGUCCAGUGGAGUGUAGAUCAACGUUUCUACUCAUUUCACCCUCUGAGAACGUUGACCUUCAAUUUGCGGAAUGCCUUAAGCAAACCACAUCAGCUGGAGAAGCCCUACUCUCUGUUUGGAACACACAUAGGAUUCUAGUUGCGGAUAGCUUGAGAGGGUGGAUGGAUUAUAUGGCUUACUUGGAGCAACGCCUAAAGCACCAGGCAACUACUGUCGGCGUUGACAAAGUCAACUUUUCUCCACUAACAGACUUCAAGAUCGACUUCGAGGAUAGACAGGAGCUGAAGAUAAUAGAAGAUUACAUCCUCGAUCUUCAAGUCAUUCUCCCGGGCGUGUUGGAUUCAAUUACAGGAGUCCGUAACCAAUGCAGAGCACAUCUCUUGUCGUCUGACCACAGAGGCGAGGAGGGGCAUGAAAUGGAGGCUAUUUUGGGAGAAUUGAAUGAAUACAUCGGAGAAGUUACGAUGCAUAUUGAAAGAGCCAAGAAUCUGAAAGACAAAGCAAAAGCAACAGCACAGUUGCUCUCUGAUCUACUUAGCUACGAAGAGAAUGUUGCAUUGAAAGGCUUAGCCACGGAAACCCAAGAGAGGAGCACAAAGGAUGCUGCAGCGGUGAAGAUUUUGACUGUGAUCACACUAAUAUAUCUCCCAACAACGAUUGUUGCAAAUUUCUUCUCGACCCAAUUCGUUCAAACGGGUUCAGAUGGACGGAUGCGAGUCUCAAACAAAGUUUGGCUUCUCGCGGCAAUCUCAGUUCCCAUGACCUUCUUCACUAUCCUGCUCUGGUGGGGUUGGGUGCACUUCACCAAAGUCGAACCAACAGUCGACCCAGAGCAACCGGGUAUUGUUACACUGCAGCGGGCACACAGUUUCCGCUCCAUCGUCUCAGCGAAGAAAAAGCAGAAGGAUCUCGAAAGCGGGCUAUCAUUUCCAACGCAAAGCUCCCGAGCAACCACCUUUCGUCACGCAGCGAAUGUUCCCACCUGGUCUUCUGAUGCAACCACAGUGAAAGCCGAGUAG